AAACCCACCCUGGACAGCGCGGCUGAGACAGGGAAGGUUUGCUCCCUCUGAGGGAUUGCCAGCACAUCAGAAGGGGCUGGGAGCUGGGGGAGGAGAUUGAAGGGAGAGGUAAUCCCUGGCGUUUUGAGCAUCCCCUUUUUAGAAAGACGGAGUCUCUCCCAGGACAGCUGCUGCGGUCACACCACAAACUUAAAAGCCGCCCUCCUGCUUGGAGCGUGCCUUUCCUCACCACGCUCGCUGGCCUAAGCGCCAACUGGUGGGUCGCUGUCCGAGAGAGAGGCGCUGCGCUCGGGGGGGACAGGAGCGCCCCCUGCCUUCCCGCCUGGCCGUAGCCGCGGCCUCAUUGCUCUGCCAGGGCCGCCUGUGCUCCGGGGUUCAGCCCGGGCUGUCGCUCCGAAGAACUCGCGCCUGUGCCCACGGUCGCCAUCCUCUUGGCUUCCUUCGGCUGUCCUUUCCUCUCUCCUGAGCCUGCCACGUAAGGAAAGGAAAAGCGACAAGAGUUGCUAGCAGGAAGGGUGAACUAACAGUGUUUGAAAGACAAAAUUUUCAUCAUGAAUGCUAAUAAAAAUGAGAACCCAAGAUCCAGAAGUCAAGAUCUUCACCUUUUUCAUGCUUGGAUGAUGUUAAUCAUGACACUGCUCUUUCUUCCUGUCACUGAAACAUCUAAACAAAAUAUUCCACGACUCAAGCUAACCUACAAAGACUUGCUGCUUUCAAACACCUGUAUCCCCUUUUUGGGUUCAUCAGAAGGAUUGGAUUUCCAGACUCUUCUUUUGGAUGAGGAGAGGGGCAUACUGCUCCUAGGAGCCAAAGACCAUGUCUUCCUGCUCAGUCUGGUUGACUUGAACAAGAACUUUAAGAAGAUUUAUUGGCCUGCUGCAAAAGAACGAGUGGAGCUAUGUAAAUUAGCUGGGAAAGAUGCCAAUACAGAAUGUGCAAAUUUCAUCCGUGUGCUUCAACCCUAUAAUAAGACUCACGUUUACGUGUGUGGAACUGGAGCGUUUCAUCCGCUGUGUGGGUACAUUGAUCUCGGAGCCAACAAGGAGGAACUCACAUUUAAACUAGACACGCACGACCUGGAGUCUGGCAGGCUGAAAUGUCCCUUUGAUCCUCAGCAGCCUUUUGCUUCAGUAAUGACAGAUGAGCACCUCUACUCUGGAACAGCUUCUGAUUUCCUUGGCAAAGACACUGCAUUCACAAGGUCUCUUGGGCUAAUGCAGGACCACCAUUACAUCAGAACUGACAUUUCAGAGCACUACUGGCUCAAUGGAGCAAAAUUUAUCGGAACAUUCCCCAUUCCAGACACCUAUAAUCCAGAUGAUGAUAAAAUAUAUUUCUUCUUUCGAGAAUCAUCUCAGGAAGGCAGUACUUCUGACAAAAGCAUUCUUUCAAGAGUUGGAAGAGUUUGUAAGAAUGAUGUAGGUGGGCAACGAAGUCUGAUAAACAAAUGGACAACUUUUCUAAAGGCAAGACUGAUUUGCUCGAUUCCUGGAAGCGAUGGGGCAGAUACCCAUUUUGAUGAACUCCAAGAUAUUUACUUACUCCCUACGAGAGAUGAAAGAAAUCCUGUAGUAUAUGGAGUCUUUACCACAACCAGCUCCAUCUUCAAAGGCUCUGCUGUCUGUGUGUACAGCAUGGCUGAUAUCCGAGCAGUCUUUAAUGGUCCCUAUGCUCAUAAGGAAAGUGCUGACCACCGCUGGGUGCAAUAUGAUGGAAGGAUACCUUACCCCCGACCUGGAACGUGUCCAAGCAAAACCUACGACCCACUGAUUAAGUCCACCCGAGACUUUCCAGACGAUGUUAUCAGUUUCAUAAGGCGGCACCCUGUGAUGUAUAAGUCAGUGUACCCAGUGGCAGGAGCACCGACCUUCAAGAGAAUCAACGUGGAUUACAGACUGACGCAGAUAGUGGUGGAUCACGUGGUCGCUGAAGACGGGCAGUAUGAUGUCAUGUUUCUCGGAACAGACAUUGGAACAGUCCUGAAAGUUGUGAGCAUCUCCAAGGAGAAGUGGAAUAUGGAAGAGGUAGUACUGGAGGAGCUUCAGGUAUUCAAGCACCCAACAGCUAUCCUGAACAUGGAGUUGUCGCUGAAGCAGCAACAGUUGUACGUUGGUUCCUGGGAUGGAUUGCUCCAGCUCUCCUUGCACAGAUGCGACACUUACGGGAAAGCAUGUGCAGACUGCUGUCUCGCCAGAGACCCUUACUGUGCUUGGGAUGGACAUGCUUGCUCCAGAUAUGCACCCACAUCUAAAAGGCGAGCUAGACGCCAGGACGUAAAGUAUGGGGACCCAAUCACUCAGUGCUGGGACAUAGAAGACAGCAUUAGUCAUGAAACAGCUGAUGAAAAGGUGAUUUUUGGAAUUGAAUUGAAUUCAACCUUUUUGGAGUGUAUACCUAAAUCCCAACAAGCCUCUGUUGAGUGGUACAUCCAGCGGUCAGGAGACGAGCAUCGAGAGGAGUUGAAACCUGAUGAAAGGAUCAUCAAAACGGACUAUGGGCUACUGAUUCGAAGUCUGCAGAAGAAGGACUCUGGGAUGUAUUACUGCAAAGCACAGGAGCACACUUUCAUCCACACUAUAGUGAAGCUGACUUUGAAUGUCAUUGAGAAUGAACAGAUGGAAAAUACCCAGAGGGCAGAAUACCAGGAGGGGCAGGUCAAGGAUCUGUUGGCUGAGUCACGGUUGAGAUACAAAGACUACAUCCAAAUCCUUAGCAGCCCGAACUUCAGCCUGGACCAGUACUGUGAGCAGAUGUGGUACAAGGAGAAGCGGAGACAGCGCAACAAGGGCAGCCCAAAGUGGAAGCACAUGCAGGAAAUGAAGAAGAAACGAAAUCGACGACAUCACAGAGACCUGGAUGAGCUCCAGAGAUCAGAGGCUACAUAGUUUUCUAUUUAAUUUAAAGAGGAAAUUAUUUACCU